AUGGCGCGCUCGCUGCAAGAGCUGUACGUGUCUGAACGAGAGGGCAAUGAUUCCACUGGUGAUGGGACCCAAAAGAAACCGUUCAAGACUGUUUUAAAGGCUCUGAUGACGGCAGGAAAGGAACCGUUUCCUACUAUUUACGUGGAUUCGCAAAAAGAGAGCGAGAGAUGGGCCAUUAUUUCAAAGUCACAGAUGAAAAAUGUCAAAAAACUGUGGCACAGGGAACAAAUGAAGAAUGAAGCUAAGGAGAAGAAGGAGGCAGAAGAUCUCUUGAGAAGAGAGAAGAACCUGGAGGAAGCUAAGAAAGUUGUGAUCAAGAGUGAUCCUAGUCUCCCAGAGCCCAAAUGUGUAAAGAUUGAUGCUCUGGAAGCGUACAGAGGCCAGAGAGUGAAGAUUUUUGGCUGGAUUCACAGAUUACGGAGACAAGGAAAAAAUUUGAUGUUCAUUGUUUUGAGAGAUGGCACAGGUUUUCUUCAAUGUGUCCUUUCAGAUGAACUGUGUCAGUGUUACAACGGGCUAAUUCUCUCUACGGAGAGCAGUGUUGCAGUGUAUGGCACACUGAACCUUGUUCCUGAAGGCAAGCAGGCUCCAGGAGGCCACGAGCUGAACUGUGACUACUGGGAGCUUAUUGGUCUGGCCCCAGCAGGAGGGGCUGAUAAUCUACUCAACGAGGAUUCGGAGGUUGAUGUGCAACUUAACAACAGGCAUAUGAUGAUUCGAGGCGAGAAUAUGUCUAAAAUCUUCAAGGUGCGCUCCAUGGUAGUACAAGCCUUCAGGGAUCAUUUCUUUGCCAACGGAUAUUACGAAGUCACACCACCAACUUUAGUCCAGACGCAGGUGGAAGGAGGCUCCACCCUGUUCAAACUGGAUUAUUUUGGUGAAGAGGCAUACUUGACACAAUCAUCCCAGCUCUACCUGGAGACCUGCAUUCCCGCACUGGGUGACGUUUUUUGUGUUGCUCAGUCAUACAGAGCUGAGCAGUCCAGGACCCGCAGACACCUGGCAGAGUACACUCACGUUGAAGCUGAAUGCCCUUUUAUAACUUUUGAGGAUUUGUUGGACCGUCUGGAGAGCUUGGUUUGUGAUGUAGUAGACAGAGUCUUGAAAUCACCUGCAGCAAGCUUACUAUAUGACCUAAACCCGGGCUUCAAGCCCCCUAAGCGUCCUUUCAGACGAAUGAACUAUUCUGAAGCCAUUGAGUGGUUAAAGGAACACGAUGUGAAGAAGGAAGACGGCACUUUUUACGAGUUUGGGGAAGAUAUUCCUGAAGCUCCUGAGAGGUUGAUGACAGACACCAUUAAUGAGCCAAUCUUGCUGUGCCGAUUUCCUGCGGAGAUAAAGUCUUUCUAUAUGCAGCGCUGUCAUGACGAUUCCCGGCUGACUGAAUCUGUUGAUGUGUUGAUGCCUAAUGUUGGUGAAAUCGUUGGAGGCUCUAUGCGUACCUGGGACAGCGAGGAGCUACUUGAAGGCUACAAGAGAGAGGGCAUCGAUCCCACGCCGUACUACUGGUAUACUGAUCAGAGAAAAUAUGGUACAUGCCCGCACGGUGGAUAUGGUUUGGGAUUGGAACGCUUCCUAACCUGGAUUCUGAAUAGGCACCAUAUCCGAGAUGUCUGUCUCUACCCACGCUUUGUCCAGCGCUGCAAACCUUAGCGGGCCUUGUGGUACCUCCCAGAAAAUGGGGCAUCUGAUGCUUGGGAAAGAACGAUACACUCUGCUGUAUGACAGCCUGUCUGAGAGCAGGACUUACUGCAACCUGUUGCU